GCAGUCCCUCCGUGGUUUGCAAACAGGCCAGUCCGGUUCUCGACGGUGGACGAGUCGACGUGAUAGUUAGUAAGCCGCCAGUCGUCGGCCAGAGGGUAUCGCGGCCGUGAUAUCGCGCAGCCGAGAAGCCGUCCACGUCGCGUCCCCCAUAAGGGACAGUGGGAUACCGUAGGAGAAGGCAAGUAAAGAGGACAUACCGCCGCGCCGCUCGUCCCUCCGGGAAACAUGACGACGGAGGAGAAGUUCAACGCCGCCGUGAACGUGAUCAGGAGCCUGCCGAAAAAUGGAGCGUAUCAGCCCAGCCAUGAGAUUAUGCUGCGUUUUUAUUCGUACUACAAACAAGCGACCGAGGGACCCUGUCAACAAUCUAAACCCGCAUUCUGGGAAGUUGUCAAGAAAGCGAAAUGGGACGCGUGGACACGCCUUGGCAAUAUGGGUCGUACAGAAGCCAUGAAUAAUUAUGUGGAGGAACUGAAGAAAAUUGUCGAAACGAUGUCUUACACGGAUAAUGUGGCAACGUUUCUCGGCAGUUUGGACUCCUUCUACGAAAGCGUGCCGGCUGAGGAUUUGGAAUUACUCGUGGGACCAGUACUGGAGCGUAUUCGCUCCCAACCGGGAUCACCAUUGUCUGGUUCACCAUUAGCAUCUAGAGAAACAUCACCUCACAGAGUGAUGAAUGCUUCUCGGCAUAUAACGAGUAGUUUGGAAACCAGCCCGACCAGCAGUCGCACUGCAAGCCCGCUGCCACAGGACACCGAUGGCGAAGAAGAGGAAUUUAUAGAUACUGUUGAAUCAGCGCCGGAGAAAGCACAAAAAGAUGCACUUAAGUCUACUACUGCUCCUCAAAAAGUACAAAGCACGACAAAGAACGGAAUUGAUCGUUCAAGUACUGAGAAUAUUGUAAAAGAAAACACUGAAUUGACUAAUGGAUACAGCAACGCUAACGGUCACGCGGAAACGGCAACGGAGGGCCAUCGAGAGAGAGGUAGACAGAGAACGAAGAAAGACGACAAUAAAGUCAAUGCGGAAUUCCUAAAUCAGAUCGCGACAACUAUGCAGCAUCUACAGAGAGAUCUGGAUCGUAUAACGGCCAGAGUACGAGGUUUGGAAGGGCAAGCCCUGCAAGCGCUGGCGCCGCAAACGGAGCACACCGGUAGACGCACGUAUGCGAGAUGGUGGCCGUUGCAAGAAUGCCCGCCGCGUUUGUUUGUCUUACUAAUCCUAUGGCCAUUCGUCGCUCACUUGCUGAUCAACUUUAUGCAGCGUUAUCGCCAACGAAGACUGUGAUGUCACGACUGUUAUUCCUACGCAGCCAAGAACCUAUUUCCAGUGUUUGGGUUACUAAUGUUGAAUUAUAGCAAACGUACGGAGAUUUCUUUUAGUUUUACAAAGCUUUUCAUAGAGACGAAGCUGUCCUAAUGCAAUCUGCGAUUACGUUAGUAAACGUGAAUUGUGAUUAAAAAAAAGUUAGGUCUCUGUAUAUUUUUACAAAUGCAGCCUGUUUCGGAAGUUGCACACUUUCUCUCGUCUGUAGAUUCUCCGCUGAAUAAUGGGUCAAUUGAGUCUCGGCGAAAGUUCGAUCGAAAGACACUUUUAUCUGCAUUUAUUGUCAAGUAAGAGAUCAAAGUGGCUUGCUACGCAUUUUUGUAAAACAAUACAAACGUUAUUUUAAAACACGUAGAAAAAGGUACAACGCAUUUUUUUUUAUACAUUCAGAUUUGUAUUGUUUUAUAAUAAAAUGUCUAUGACUUACGUAUACUAUGUAGAUGUAUCAUGUGUUUUAUCACAUAUUUAAGAAUAUGUGAAAUAUAUAUAUAGAUAUAGAAUUACUUUAUUCAUCAUGUCCGCUUUUUAAUGUUUAUAUCUUAGAAAGAGGUACGUGACUUCCGGGACAAUCUGUAUAAAAAGAUAUAAAAAGUAUAGUUCUAUUAAUAUUUUCUAAGGUGGAUUGUAUGUAUUAUAUAUAGUUAUAUGUAGUCCUAUAUAGAUUGUAAUGCAUACAGGGAAAGUAAAUCCUUUUGUACAUGCAAGCGUGUACAAUAGUCAGUUGUUAUAUGUAUUUUACGUGUAAAUUACGUGGGUUUUUAAGAAAAAAACGGGGCUUUUACAGUGUACACUACCGACACAAUGAUAAAUAUUACUAUUAACGGAUGAUAAUUCUAGUUUCAAAAGAACAUUUAUACGUACCGAACGAAUUGCGAUAAAAUUUUAUGUACAUAUGUGCAAUGUGAAAAUAUACAAAUUUUUAAUUAUUGUCAA